CGCAACAAAAUGGCGGAAUUCCCCGCGGUGCAAUACAAAGGAAACACGUUCUACCCUACCCUGUGGUUGGGAAAUCGUAAUCCACACAUUCGGUCGCGUAUAAUCCAUGGCGCUGUAUGUGCCGCAGCUGACGAGCACGACAAAGAUCACCUGCGUGCGCAACACGAGUUAAAUAGAGACAGUCAUUUGUUACACGACUUCGCCUGCGGUCAGACAGCGUCGAGUCGCGAUCUUGCGCGACCCACACAACAUCCUCGAUUAUUAAUCUUCUGUUUCACGAGCGACAUCCGCGCGAUUCUGCAUGUGCAGCAGUCACCCUUGGGAAAAGACAACUCGUCACAGGCGCCCGCUGCACUGGCAGCUAAUCAAACCCUGGUGAGUGCGCCUUCCGCAUCCAGUGCGUGCGUGCGUUGUUGUUUUUUUCGCUCGCAUCACGCGCACGUACAAAAACAAUAGACGAUCGACAAUCAACGGCGAGCGCGGACAUCGCACAGCGCAGUUGUGGGUCCGAAUGCGCGCCGCGCGUAGUUUCACGGCGAUGUGCGUUUAAUUAAUCAGCAUUGCGUUAAAUGUGCGGACACGGAUACAGCCGACCAGUAGGUGGACACCAUCCGCUUCAUCCUCUCGUAUCCGCUGAGGUGUAAAUAGAUUAAAAUGGAUCUUUUGGGUGAGAUUCCAACGUCGUCGACACCUGGCACGACAAAUAACAAGCCAAGCAUUGAUUUGGCAGACCUGGUGACACAAUUGCAGCAGGAAAAGCAUCUGGUUAAUGCCGAGAAGAAUCUUAUACAGAGUUUCAAUGAGAAACUCGCGCAUAAUACUCUGGAUUUUUUGAAGGCGGCGUGGAUUAACUUCCAACAGAGGAUUAAUUUGAAUAGUUUGGUUGGAGCCAGGGCUGAUUCCAGUGCUGUGCAAUGCACGAAAAGGGCGCAUAUUCUCACAAACAGCGUUUUUAUUGAUGCUAAUAAAAUAUUAGAAUAUCAGGUUAUGGUGAAUUAUAGCGCGUUUUUGUCUUGUCUGCGCACGCGUCCUGAACUUGCCGCGCAAUGGAUUGUCAUUGGGGAGAGUUUGAUCGACGAUCAGAAGGCGUUUUCGAGUAUUCUGCACAGUGUGGUGACUGGUUUGUAUGGCUCACUUCUCCUGCCGCAGGAUGUCAGGCUAAUGAUGACUUUGCUGCAAUGUUUGGCAAAGUUACAACUUGUUACGACUGAUAAUCCCAGACGGUUAUUGAAACAAAGGCUAUGCGCGUUUUCGCGAAUGUACUUCCUGUUCCACGAGGGAUUAACAUCCGCCAAAUUGUUCCUUAUCGCUGCACUGCAAUCGCCGAUUUUGAAAUUAAUCGCGACGUCUGAUACUUAUUUGGAUAUAGAUCCAAAUAAACCUCUUUCAAGAUUUACAGCUGCUGAGCGGCUGGAAAAGUUUGGAGAGGAAGGCACAGAAUCAUACAACACGAAAAUCUCACAAUAUCGCGCAUGGAGUAUCAAAAAACUCUGCGAAAUGACCAAAGUUUUCAUCAACAGUCUUCAGGAUAACGUUUAUUGUUUUCCCAGCAGUCUUGCCUGGCUCAUCAGACAAAUCGCCUACAUGAUUUCGAAGUCUUUCAGCCCGAAUUCAAAAGAAAUCAACGCAAUAACCACCGAUUUAAUUUUCACGCUGUUUGUUUGUCCGGCAAUUGUUCAGCCGGAACCCUAUGGUAUAUCAGACGCGCCUAUAUCUGAAAUCGCGCGACAUAACCUCAUUCAAGUCGGCACUAUUAUUCAAAUGUUAGCGUUGAUGAAAUUCGAAACACCCGACGCUAAACUCAUGGAUUUGUACAAAUUAUUCGACACUGAAUGCAUUUCGAACUUUCUGGAUAUCAUCCUCAAUAAUUCCGAUAUUCAGUAUUAUGAUAUCGUCAACGAAAAGAUUCCGGUUGAUAACGUGCCGGGAAUAACUCGCAAAAUCGCCUUGUUCACUGAGCAAGACCUGUAUAAUUUAGUAGUGUUCUUAAAACGCGCGCAAAACUCAAUCUCGCAGGAUCAAUCCGGGAAUGAAGAAGCCUCAAGUGAUUAUUGUAGUAAUAACGCGGAUAAUGCGGCUGCGCAGCCAAACGAUCCAGUUGUUGUGCUGGUUAACAAGUUGCCUACCUCCACGGAGGGUUCACCUCGCAAUACGCCAAGUUUAAAUUCAAAUGUUUCGCCCAAGAAAGCGCAGCAAUUGCUGAGUAAAGCCCGCAUGCAUCUCACGAAACAGCCGAGUAACGGAGAAGUAGACUUAGAAUUAAAUAAUGUUGUAUUGGUUAUACCUCUGGAUGUCGAGGAGGAAACAAUUGGGUUGUUACCGGAGGAUAAAGUCAUCGCUAUGGAGUGUAUCGUCGAGGAGACAUUGUUGAUCGAUGUCACGGAUGCAAGUGACUCUGUUGUGGUCCCACAGGGUGUUAAUGGACCAACUGAGAAACGAACAAGAUUCUCACAUAAUGAUGAAGGAUCUAUUGGUAAUACCUCUGAUAAUUUAGAGGUUAUAUCAGAGGCGGCUAGUAAUCACUCGGUGGCGAGCAGUAUUGAGUUGGAGAAUGAAGAUCAGAAUGAUAAUGAUAACCUGUCUGAUAUGGUAAGUGCGAAUGUUUCCGGUAGAGGGACACCGAAUAUCUCCGGCCGCGAUACGCCGAGUUCGCAAGUGACUGAGAAUGAGGAUCAGCGCCCUCUGGUGGAGGUACGUCCGUUUCUUGUGCAGCCACAACCGCAGUUGAAACAAAUCCGAUCGGAAAUCGAUGAUAAAUUUUGUAAGUUUGAGAUUAAGAAACUAUUGGAAGGUGAUGAGACCAUUUCGAUUAUAUCUGAUACAUGGAGCACGGAUGUUUUGGCUUCGGAUAGUGAGACUAUUGAUGCGAGUGAGCGACAUCAUGAAGCGCAACCCCAGUUGCCGCAAGCGGAACAACCGAAUCUCGACGUUGUUGAAACACACAGCGAAAGCGCAUGGUCAACGGAUGUCCUAGCUUCAGACACAGAGAGAUUGACAGAGGUGGAUAAUGAUGAUGUGGCGAGUGUAGCGCCAUCUGAUGAUACAGCUAGUGUAGCGCGCAGUGAUGACGCAGCGAGUGUAGCGCCAUCUGAACGCUCGGAAAUCGACGAUCACAACCUCGAUCGGCGACUUUCCACCGCCAGUGGGAAUCUAGUUCAUUUCGUGCCGAAUAGCCCGAGCGCUUUUCAAGAGUACCAUGAUUCUCGUGAUCGUGAGCGGCGGGAAUCAAUGCCAAACUUUGCGAAAUCCGAAGAGAAUAGCAGUUUUGAGCGGUUUGUACAAGUGGAGAGUUGUAUCAUGCGACAAAUUAGUCGUACCUCCACGGAUAGCUCGAAACGCGAAGCUAUUAUUAUUGAUAAGUCUGUAGAUAUUAAGCGGUCUAUUCUUGGUGAUAUUAGUAAUAGUAUUACAAGCACGCCGGGGCCAAGCGGGGUGAAAGCAAACGCCGAGUCGCCGUCGUAUGUGCUCGUGAAAAACGCCGAGCAUAAGUUUGAAGAUAUCAAAGCGGACAUGCAGCUGAGUAACACCAGUUUGAAUUCUUCGAGUAGUGGUAGUUCGAAUAGUUCCGAGCAGAAAACCAGCGAGAAAUGGAAGAAUAAACUGUGGAGUAAUGGCGAUGCAGUUGACGCGGGCAAUAUGGCCGCCGCUGAUGUGAAGAAACCGAGGCAGAAACCCUCGCCAUCUACCGGUGCGAUACCGAAGAGUAUCAGUUUUGAUAUGAGUGCUGAGAAGGGUGAUAAGGAUCUGGAUGAUGAGCAUCGCAGUAAACGCGGCGGGAGUUUCCUUGGGAAAUUUCGGAUUAAUUUCAGGCAUAGGAGAGGGAAAUCGCUAAGAGGUGGAGGUAUUGGUGGGGAUGAGUAUGGUAGUGUGUUGAGUGGGUUGCGUUUCGAAGAGGAUGAGGUUAGAGCACGGCGGCAUAGUGAAUUCAACACUGUCAAUCUUAAAUCCAUGCAAGAAGUCACUGAAGAUAUUUUGGCAAAGUAUAGAAAUCCGAAACCAAAUGAUACAAGUCCACGUGACACGGUAAAGAGUGAUAAGACACAUAAUGAUUUAGACAACAUUGUUUGUCAUAACGAUGCGCAUAGUAUUCUGAUUGAUGCGAAGAAAAAGCUGCGCUGGGUGUUGAGUAAUUCCAGAUCGCAUUAUUUCAGACUCAAAAAGGAUGGUCGGCGUCACAUAAAGAAAGAUUUAGAGUCUUUUCUGCAAAUUGAGUUGGCGAAAGCGCGUGAUUUGAAGCGGUUGACAUCUGCAGCGCGGGUUGCCGAAGCUUUGCGUUGCGUGCGCCUGUUGGACAUUGCCGGAUUCAACAAACUCUGCGAGACUUUGAAGGAUGAAAUGCAGCGGCGUUCGGUUUAUUGGAAAUAUCUAUUCCGAUCCAAACAGACGCUGCUUUCUUCCCAAUCGUUUUUAAAUGAGUUAGGAGAUCAAGUCCAUCGUGAGCGUGACCUCUGCACCUCAUUUUUGGUCGAAAUAUGCGUGCGAAACUUCUUGGACAAGCACCACGAAGAAUUAACGUCAUUCUGCGCUGAAUUCAAGCAACAGGUACUCAUUGAUGAGAAAAAUCUUCUCCUGGAAGGAUUCCUUAAGCAAUUGUAUGCGUUAAUUGGUAAGGAUGCGAUGUGGUCGGACGCUACAGACCAACAAAUGAAGAUGACACGUGAUGCACUCGAGCGUUCAAUCAUGAUGGAAGUGUAUUUCAACGCUCUGUACCCCAAUGGUGAUGGUGACAGGCAUCGUGAUAACGUGCUAGCCAGUCAUCUACGUAAACUCGCCAGUACGAUCACUCCAAGCAAUAAAUAUCUGAUGAUUAGCAAAGUGCAUCAGAUGGAGUGUCCCUGGUUGCCCGCCCAGGAGGCGCUGCAAGCAAUGGCUGCCUAUCGCACGCCACGUGACAAAGUCGGUUGUGUCACGCGAUGCGCGUUCGCCAUCAUGGAUUUAUUAUCGUUGGCGCAGGGAAGUUCCGCUUCCGCUGACGAUUUGAUUCCGGUUUUAGUUUAUGUUAUUAUUCAAGUAAACCCACAGGAUUUGCUCUCUACGAUACAGUACGUGAACAGUUUCUACGGAAACCUCGCCGGCGAGGAUUUCUUCUACUGGACGCAGUUCUGCUCGGCCGUGGAGUUUACGAAAACGAUGGAAUACGCCGAUUGACACACACUGUUUCGCAGGUACUUGGAUGAUGCCGAACGGUAUUGCAGCUAGCGGUAGGUAACCAACUAAAAUAAAACAAAACAAAACAAUCUUCCACAUGUUUCUCUGGCGUCGGAGGGUGUAAAUUGUGUACAUACUGUUGCAGGCGGUCGAAAUAGUCUAUAUUUUUGUUAAACAAUGAGAGAAACAGGCAAAAUUCAGCUUUAUUACAUUUUUUGCAUAUAUUUAUUACUAAAAUUAAUUCAAUUAUGUCAUUAUAAUAGAAAAUAGAUUAUUUUAACAAUCA